AUGAGAAACAAAUGUGAUCCCUCACAGCCACAAUCACCUUCACCACACAAUGAUCCCUCACUGCCACCAUCACAUAAUGAUCCUCUACAACAACCUCCACCAUUCUCGCCGAGCAACAACCCUUCACAACCUUCACCUACACCAAGUAUAGCUAAUGAUCCUCUACAUGAACAUACAAGAUGGGACGUGUUUGAAAAUUUCUGUAACACGUACAUAAUAAACCAAGGUAACUGGAUAACAAAAAAACAAUUGAUGGUAGCAGCAACUGUGAUCGCAACAAUGACAUUUCAAUCAGUAAUAAGUCCGCCAGGCAGUGUUUGGCAAGAAGAUACCACAACAGGAGAUGUAUCUUGUCCUCGUUAUGGUUUUUGUGAAGCAGGAACUGCAGUUGUGAGCUAUGUUUGGUCACCAGAUUAUCUGAAAUUCAUUUACAUGAACUCCGUUUCUUUCUUUGCUUCAUUAUGUGUGCUUUUGGUUCUCAUCAGUGGCCUUCCUCUUCACGAUCAGGUCAUAGUGUGGAUUUUGGCGAUUUUAAUGGCAGUUGCAAUCACAUCCAUGUUGCUUACAUACAUGUGGGCGUUGGCAUUAGUUAGUCCUAAUCAUAUUUUCAAAAGACUUCAGAAUUUGAGUUAUUACAUGUUUAUGAGUUGGAUAAUUUUGCUCGCUGUUGUUUCUUUGAUUCCAAUCACUAGAAUUGUGUUUUGGGUUAGGUCUAGGCGCAGGUCCUCCGCGAAUUAA